GAUACUAGGAAAAUGCGCAAACUCUCCGAUUUAUUAUAUGGACGUGGCGCUUUGAAGUUUGAGACCAAUGAAUCGUUCCAGCUUUUAUUUCAAUGUUGGUCACUUGUCGGUAUUAAGCCAUUAAAGCUGUACAGAUUGCGUGGCAUGCUGCACAUGUGCUGCUGUUGGUUUUUACUUCUCCUGUGUCCGUUUACCUUCUUCAUGGGUUAUCUGCACACUUUGGAAACUGAGCCUAUAACUAUUCAACUUAGCAUUUUGCAAGCAAUAUUCAAUAUUCUAGGACUGCCAAUGAAGGCGAUUGUCAUUACAAUUUUGCUAACGCAUCUGCGAAGCGCCGAGACGAUCUUUUCACGUUUGGAUGCACGCUACCAGAGCAUCGCGAGUCGGGAGCAGAUAAAAAAUUGUGUUAUCAUCAGCACACGCUUACUCAGCAGCGUCAUAUUUGUGUUUCAUUUUUAUGGCAGCGCCACAUAUCUCCAAGCGCUGCUCACAAAUGGUUAUCCACUGAAUACAUGGUUGCCAUUCACCGACUAUAUCCCUCAGCCAACCAUAAGAUAUUGGGCGCAUUUUAUUUUCGAGGUUUUUCACUUGAUUUUCCUAUUGACGGUACAAGCCACAAUGGAUGCGUUCCCGGCAGUUUAUAUACGAAAUUUGCGCACACACUUAAAUCUGUUGACGGAACGCGUUAGUCAUUUGGGCGAGAAUGCAGAGCUUACUGAGGAAGAGCACUUUGAGGAAUUGGUGGAUUGCAUUGUUACCCAUCAGGAAUUGUUGGAGGCGAAAAAUAUUGUUGAAUCCGUCUGCUCGAUAACAUUAUUUAUUCAAUUUGUGAUUGUUGCCGUAGCACUCUGCGUUUCGAUGCUAAAUUUUUUCGUAUUUGCCGAUCGCCAACAGCAGGUGGUGACGGUAACCUACUAUUUAGGCGUCAUGUUGCAGAUCAUGCCCACAUGUUAUCAAGCGUCAAUGAUAGAAGCUGACAGUGCCAAGUUGCCCGACGCCAUUUUCCAUUGCAAUUGGUUGGCCAUGGACAAGCGUUGCCGCAAGCUCAUCAUCUAUUUCAUUCAUCGUGCACAGGAGGACAUCACCUUUGUUGCACUCAAACUCUUCAACAUCAAUCUGACUACUAACCUGUCGAUUGUCAAAUUUGCGUUUUCAUUAUACACAUGGAUGAGCAACAUGGGCUUUGGGCAGAAUUUAAAGGAUCUAUUGGAAUGAAUUGGCAUAUUUUCAGCAAGCUAGCGGUAUCCGAAUACGCCAAGUUGUGCUGGGAGUUUUGAUUAUGCUCACAUUUUGCACAAGUAUACUCAUAAUUGGCCUAUUUGCACUAUCCACUUUAGACAUUGGAAAUAGCAGAUGUCUUGUAAAUCGGCGUUCUUCAAUAUAUUUAUAUUAAAGUGAUAUAUUGUAAAUUAUUGUGAAACAGAAAUAUAUAACAGGUAAAGGUUUUAAGUAUUAUGUUCAAAGUAUCUGCUUUAUAUAGUGGAAACAUAUCAAUUUAUAUUCAAUUUAGAAUAUUCUAGGAAAAUGACGGACUCGAAUGGAAUAUAUUGGUGAAGAAAUGUUUUCUAA